AUGUCCGCCCAACUAUCAACAUCCCCAUCCCCUCCCACACCCCUCCUCCGGCGCACAUCAACAUCCUCAACCUCCCCCAUAAUCUACGAAGUCAACCUCUCAGUCCCCGCCGCGCUCGCCACAGGUUACGCUGACUAUUUGACAGAGUUUACUAGGGGGAUAUGUAGUGAGGUUCAUGGAUUUACGGGCGUGCAGAUCUUCACGCAGCCGAAACCGGUUGGGUUGCACUGGUUGAGUGAGGAGGGUGGUGCGAAGGCAUACUUCACCGUCCACUACCACGUCGCAUCGCAAAUGGACCUUGACACCUAUCUCGCGACGCACCAGCAACGGGUAUCGGAAGCGGAUAAGGAGCGGUGGCAGCACCUUGUUACGUCCCGGCGGAUUUUGAGGUUGUUCCAUUCUUCUAUCGGGGAGUGA